ACAUUAUAAACAAUAAACAACAACAAUAAAGUUGUUACUUCACUUUUGAUUUUCCAAAUAAAAAAUAAAUAAAAGUUCAAAAAGCAAGAAAGUAGAAACAGAGAGAUAAAAGUUCAUUGCGCAAUUUCCUCACAUCUUUCUUCUCAUACCUUCAAUCUGUACACCAACCGUCUACUAUUUAAUCAAAGGUCUUCCUCAAUCAACGCAAUGAGUUUUAAAUGGUUUUCAGGUUCAGGUGACCUUUGUUUCUGGCUAUCAAGGCAAGAGUUUAUUUUAUCUUUAAGCCCUUCAUAGACUCAGUACAGAAAAGAAGUAAGAAAGAUGGAAUCCACAAGUUCCACAGUCAAUGUUCAAAGUUCUAGACAAUCCUCAAAGCGGCUUCUGUUUGACCAACGCUAUGGAUGGGUAAUUGAUGAAUGGAAACAUCCAGCAGAGGAAGCACUUGUUGGUGGCCGAGGAAUGUUUUGCAUACUCCCACUUGCCAAAAGUUUGGUGCAGAUGACCUCACAGUCGAUAAACCUUGGUGUUACAUCAGCCAUAAAAGCUGCUGAAAACCCACAGGCGUUUUCCUUGCAGACGCUGCAGAGUGCUCUAGAUGAGGGUGUUCGCGAUUUUGUGACAUCUUUGAAAAUCAACAAGUGUAAAGCUUUCAUCCUCAACAAAAGUCCUUCCCUCUUCCAUGAUGAGAGCAAAGAAUGAUGAAAGACAUAGAAUUUGCUUCCCGGGAACAGUUUGUGUUUUACUCUUUCACCAAUGCUUAACUUAUUUAAGUUAUGAUAGUAGCCUUGUGAUGCAUUUGAAAACAACUUAAUUAACACUUAGUCAAUAAUCAUUUAUCCUCAAUUACUUAUGUAUAAGUCAUUUAUAUGGUGAAAGCGAAAAUGUGGUUGAGUUUUGAUAAUAAAGUUCAAAAUGUUUUCAUAGGCUA